CAGUUCUCGAGGAGAAGCGCCAGCCGAGCAAUUGCGCAGUCGCCUCCUCGUCCUCCUCCUCGUCGAAUGCUUGUGCUCAUUAUGACUGCGCUUAAUUUGCAACUGGACGACGAAUUGGGCGUGUUUUCUCCACCUUUGCACGUGCAUGGGCUCGUCAGUGCCUGAAGAGCGAAAGAAGGAACGGAUGCAGAAUGUGCUCUCUUCUCUGUGUGUGUCGAUUGCGCUCGAUCCUGUUUUUGUAUCCUAAUUGGGCGAUUUCUUGCAAUUAGCGCACCAUCGAGGCCUUGUGUCUGCACACAGUCCGGGGGUUGUUCCUUUUUUGCGCAUACAUUGGGCUAUACGGACAGCGAUGCCCCGAGGGCAGAGUGGGAGGUGCCAGCUGAUUUUGCGUUGAGAGCUCGAGCUGGAAUUCUGUUCGAGGAGUCUUUUGUGUGAAGGAUUUUCUUUUGCACAUAGGUUGCGUGACAGUAGUUUUGAUGAAGUUUCUCGCGAAUAUUUUGCCUUGUGAAUUUUAGAGAGUGACCGGUUUUAGGUGGUGUAGGAAUUCCGUAGAGGUUGGUGUUCAAUUGUCGAACGGGACAGAGUGUUCUUUUAUUUGCGCGGCGUUCGCACAAGGCCUUCUGAGGGUUGUACUUGCUCGAAAUCUCGUUAGCUGUUUGGAGUGGGGGAAGUACCGCGUUGUUAUCGGGUCGACGCCGAAAUGCCUCAAUUGAGAUCAGGAGCUGAGCGUACUCGGAGCACUCCUGCGUCUCCAGGAUCCGAGUCUGCUUCGUUGGAUCUAGGCCCCCUUCAGCAAGCUCUGAUGGCUCCUCGUACCCCGCUUGUGGUGCAGCAGAACAGACGUGGUCUUCGUUCUCCAACUCCCAGGCAGCAGUUGAAUGGCAAACAGAUUAUCAGACCUCUCUCGGCUCUGCCGCGGACUCCGAGGAGGUCUCCAAACAGUGAAGGCAGUAGGGUAGUCUCCACAUCAAAGCGGCCGUCAACAGCAGAAGGCAGCAGAGGCACGCCUUCUUCAACUACUUCUGACGGAAAGAAACGAGGAAAUUCAAGCCUGCCAAGAAGCAGGGCGGUGGAUCUAGGUCGAAGAGGCUCCGUGAACGCCACGAGGUUGAUAGAGUUCGAGACCAUUCCAAGUGUGACCAGAUUGCCGCCUGAUCUUUUGUGUCUAUGCUUUACGAGCAUCGAGUCACUUUAUUACCUUGUAAAUUGUGCUUCUGUUUGCCGUGCAUGGAGAGAAGCUUUGCUUUCCGACACGGUUUGGAAUCCUGUUUAUAUGAGAUGGUGGCAUCUGAUGGAGAGCGAUGGUUCAUCAAACGGGGAAGGCCUCGAUGUGAUAAAGAGCCCAGUUUCACCGAAGGACCCACCCAAGGGUUAUGACACCUGGCGAGAUGCUUUUAUUGGCAACUUCCAAAAAGGGAAGCAGAAACUUCUAGCCCAAGAGAAGGCACAAGCAGUAGAGAGAGGCUAUCUUCACCCUCGUCGGGUGACUGAUAGAAAUGGGAAAAGAGUCUUUGACUGCGUUCAGGGAGAAGCGAUGCGGAAGCUUACUGCAUAUCUUGGUCUGAGGUUUCAAGUUUGCCUUAAUCGUGGAAACCCAGUUAAACUUCAAGGGAAAGGGAAGGUUGAAAUGUUCGACAGUGCAUGCAUACUGCGGUAUCCUGCCACGGGGAUCGGUAGUCUCGACUUAGCUGCUCUGAAAUUUAUUGAGGUAACGACUACAAGUGACAAACUUCUACGUGGCUGCCCAGUCCUGGAACUUGUUCGCCUUCAAUUGGCAAAUUGGGAAAUUGUCUCGACGCCCAGUCGCAGUCCAGGGCCUGUGAGACUUCUCCAGCAACGGAUAUCAAGUGGAGUCUCUUUGAUAGUCGGUACACUGGCCGAGGAGUCAACGCAAGUAGAUGGUUUCAGUGGACAGGAGCAGGUGUUGCUCCUCGUCAUUAAUGUACAUCUCAGUGAUUUGCUGUGGAAGCUGAUGCAAUUGGGGGAGGGCCCAUCGUCUAGAUCUGCCAGGAGGAUUGUGGGCGAUGAACUUGAUCCCCACUAUGGUUUGCACAGCUGGCAUGUAAGUGUACAGUUUCACACAUUCGGAAGGAAUAUAUGGACUCGACACUUCAAGCAGGUGUUCUGGAGUCCACGAGAGUCCAUUCCUGGGGAGAAAGCGGUAUUCUUGCUUUUGUCUCAACAUGAAGUCUUUCCAGGGGUGUUGAAACUACCUUGGAAAAGCGAAGCUUUUUCAGGCACUCUUGGAGGUGUGUACAUGCUCGACUUCACUCUCUGGGAUGAUGGGGGCGAAAUUGCAUGGCAGUACAGCGCUGCAGUCCGUAUUGACCCAGCCCCUCUGGCCGUAGUUGAGUAUGGUUUGGAGUUUGAUGGAGAACGUGUUCAUACUCUCGUCACCGAUGAUGAGCGCGGAGUCAGUCUUUGUAGCAACAUGUGUAUUCCUCUCAGCAUCACGCAGUGGGGUACCACAGCAGACACUGUGGUUGCCAUUACUAACUUGCAGCUUACCCUGACUUCUAAAUUCCUACAAAGCUGGUGUGGAGUAGCAAACAUCUAGUCUCCUUCAAGAUGAAAUCGUGCCCUUAGAUUUGUGCGUGUAAUUGUAUAGUCUGUAAUUCUUCUUGUGACGACACGGUUACUAUAUUGUAUAUACAUUGUUGUUGGCUGCCUAUCAGCCAAGGUACAUACGGUUGCAAAACUUCCUAGUUCAUUGCCUUCAGUAUUUCUUUGUAACUAUAUUUCUUUGGAGACAGCUCUGAUUGUAAAAACGAACAUUGGAUCUUACGGGAGCAUGACUUCAAGUUCCUUGAUCGCAG